AUGAUCCUAGUUGCAGUUAGGCAGCAUCAGGCAAACUCUCAUGCAAAAAAAGGGUGGGAGCAAUUCACUGAUGCUGUCAUUGAAACAAUUUCAAAAAAGAGAAGAGGAAUUGUAUUCCUUCUAUGGGGAAACUAUGCUCAGGCAAAGACCAGGUAUUUUCACUUGGCAAGCUUGGCUUUGUAG